AUGUUGAAGGACCUGGCUCAUGAUGAGACAACCCCUCCAAUUGGACUGAAAUGGCGGUCUAACACCUUCUUUAUCAUAUGCGUUGUUGGCCUGGGGACUUUUACCGACAUGUUUCUAUAUGGGCUUAUCGUCCCCGUCCUGCCUUUUAUGCUUCAAGAUCGAGUUCAUGUCCCUGAUUCAGAGAUCCAGACGACACUGUCGUCCCUUCUGGCCAUUUAUGCUGCAGCAUCAUGUCUCGCAUCGCCGGUAGCUGGUAUUCUUGCAGAUAGACUAUCAUCGUCCCGCCAGCUGCCGUUCUUGCUUGGCCUUAUCCUUUUAUUACUCUCAACUAUCCUUCUGGCUGUAGGACGGACUGUCCCGGUCUUGGCCAUUGCAAGAUUCCUUCAGGGGGCGUCUGGGGGUACGGUCUGGACAAUAGGGUUGGCACUUCUCAUCGAAACUGUUGGGCAGGAAAACCUUGGAAAGACAAUUGGGUCAAUUUUUAGUUUCAUCUCCGUCGCUGGUCUAUUCGCGCCCGUAGUUGGCGGGAUACUAUAUGCCAAAACUGGUUAUGUUGGGGUUUUUGGUCUUGGGGUUGCCUUUGUGAUCAUCGAUUUCAUCGGCCGCCUCCUCAUGAUCGAGAAAAAGGUUGCCGAUAAAUACAUCGACUCAUCCCCAGAUACAUCGACUCGGGAGAAUGCAUCCUCAACCUCCAACACUACUGACGAAUCUACGCCUCUUCUGCCCCGAGCCUCGUCAUCAACAUCAACCAAAUAUCAUCUUCCCCAGCCUAAGUCUCGCCUAACCCGUCUCCUCCCAAUCCUCCUCGUUCUAAAGGACCCCGGCCUCCUGACAGCCCUCUUCAUCGGCUUCAUCCAAGCAUUCCUUCUCGGUGCGUACGAUGCUACAGUUCCCUUAGUCGCCUCGACUCGCUAUGGCUUCGACAGCCUCAAAGCUGGCCUGCUAUUCCUCCCUCUCGGCGGCGCUGAUUUCUUCCUCGGGCCUGUGUUUGGAUGGUGCGUCGAUCGGUGGGGCACCAAACCAAUUUCUCUAGGCCACCAGAUUGCGCUGUAUGCUUGUCUUCUCGCACUGAAUGGGAUUGGUUUGGCGAUUAUAAACUCGGCAUCCAUUGUUGAGUCCGGCGCGGUAUUGGAGAAGUAUUGGAAGGCAAACCCAGCGCUGUUUGAGGGCCAAGCACCGUAUGCUCAACUUUAUGGAAUUAAUAGUAUGAUCUGGAGUUUAGGCCUGACUGUGGGACCUUUGGUCAGCGGAGCGCUGAGGGAGAUGAUUGGGUACGGAAACAUGAAUGCUGUGUUAGCAAGCAUAUGUGGACUUACUACUGUUUUGGCGAUAAUGUUUGUAGGACGCAAAGACGACGGCGAAGCCAGUGAGAAUGAGAUAUGA